UCAGCCGCUCCGUGGCGCUUCACCGGCCGCGCUUUCCUCAUUCUCUUCGCUCUUUUCAAAGGCGCCCCCCGCGCUCUAGCCGCUCGUCUGGUGGUCGUGCUGAGCUGCAGGACCCGUCGGGGCGCGGGACGCCGGAACUGUUCUUGGUGCUGACGGCGGCUGCUCGCCGAACUGCCGGGAUUUCUCCUUCUGCUCGGGAUAUAAAAAAGAAAAAUGUCUCCGUGAGAAGUCGCGAAAAUGACGGGGAGAGGAACAAAGUCCGCGAGCGCCGGCCUGUGGGGAGCGCUGCUCUGGAUAAGCUUAGUGGCUGCUAAGGAGCAUGAAGGAGUGCGCAGCCGCAGCAUGCCCAUGUCACCCUCGGACUUCCUGGACAAGCUGAUGGGGAAGACGUCGGGAUACGAUGCCAGGAUCAGGCCCAACUUCAAGGGUCCUCCUGUGAACGUCACCUGCAACAUCUUCAUCAACAGCUUUGGGUCCAUUGCUGAGACCACCAUGGAUUACCGAGUGAACAUCUUCUUACGGCAGCAGUGGAAUGACCCUCGCCUGGCAUACAGUGAAUACCCCGACGACUCCCUCGAUCUCGACCCCUCAAUGCUGGAUUCCAUAUGGAAACCCGACUUGUUUUUUGCAAACGAGAAGGGGGCUCAUUUUCAUGAAGUUACCACAGACAACAAGCUGCUACGCAUUUUCAACAAUGGAAACGUCCUUUACUCCAUUAGGUUGACAUUAAUCCUUUCUUGCCCUAUGGACCUCAAAAACUUUCCAAUGGACGUGCAGACGUGCAUCAUGCAGCUGGAGAGCUUUGGAUACACAAUGAACGACUUGAUUUUUGAGUGGCAAGAAAAUGGCCCGGUGCAGGUGGCAGAAGGCCUGACGCUACCACAGUUCAUCCUGAAGGAGGAGUCGGACCUGCGCUACUGCACCAAGCAUUACAACACAGGAAAGUUCACCUGCAUUGAAGUCCGCUUUCAUCUCGAACGACAGAUGGGCUACUACCUCAUCCAGAUGUACAUCCCCAGUCUGCUCAUCGUCAUCCUCUCCUGGGUCUCCUUUUGGAUUAACAUGGACGCCGCCCCGGCUAGAGUGGCUCUGGGGAUCACCACCGUGCUGACCAUGACCACGCAGAGCUCGGGCUCCCGAACCUCGCUGCCAAAGGUCUCCUACGUUAAAGCCAUUGACAUCUGGAUGGCCGUCUGCCUGCUCUUCGUCUUCUCGGCUCUCCUGGAGUACGCGGCGGUGAACUUUGUAUCCAGGCAGCACAAGGAGCUCCUGAGAUUUCGCCGAAAGCGAAAGAAGAACAAGGAGGAAGACGUCAGGGACAGCCGGCAGAGUUUCACUGCCUACGGAGUUGCGCCCUGUGCCCAAGGCAAAGAUGGCGUUGCCCCCAAAGCAGCCAGCAACUCACCCCACAGCGCUCCCAAAACUCCCGAGGAAAUGAAGAAGAUAUUCGUCGACAGGGCCAAGAAGAUCGACACCAUUUCUCGCGCUGGCUUCCCGUUAGCAUUCCUCUUCUUUAACAUCUUCUACUGGGUUGUAUACAAAAUCCUGCGGCACGAAGAUAUCCACCAGCAAUAACCCGCCCGCCGGCCUUGGGAAGAGGGACACGGAAAGGACUGACAGGAGGACUUCCAGCCAACUAUGCAAAUGGCGACGGAACCGUUGGCGACCAAAAUCCGUCAGCACAGCUUUACUGCCAGUCUCUGGUCGAUCGUACCGGGGCACCUGCCACUGCACACCUCCGUGCCACACUCGUCUGAACGCCAAAGUCCACUUGUUUUCUCUCACGGACCGGACCCUUAAACUACGGGCUGCCCUGCAAACAGACGGGACAAACAUUGUGAGCCACACGCGUGUCGAAGUUCUUAGAGGCCAAAGAACGAGGCGCUUCUCGUUGUGGCGUCCCGUUAUGCCCAGCAGCCCCUUCGUCACCGCCCUCCUAAAACUUGUCUCGUAAAGUUCGUCAGGCCGCUCGUCCUCUCCUCGCAGUGUUUCAUUUCGCGCGCGCUGAUUAUUUGGCGGGAUGAUUUCAUGCGCCUGCGCGCUUUGCACGGCCACGGGCAGAUGAAGAGGCCACGUCUGCGCAGAUGGGCUGCACGGAAGAGUCGUGACGUCGAGAGUCAGCGUUCGUGGCUGCAGUGCUGCGCGUGGCGUCUUCGCUCCUGCUGGCAUCGCCUUUCUGGUGCGAUGGACGGUGAAACCUGACCUUUGAACUCCGACGUCUGUACAGUCCUGACCGCCGACGACGAGUCUUUGCCUUUUUUUAUUGCUGUUUGAAGAUCAUCGUGUUAAGUGGCUGCCCAUCCUAACAUCGAGAUUCUAGAGUGCCAGCGAUGGCAGGGGGGGCAUCCAGGGCAUCAAAAGCACUCUGUUACUUCUGGAAAUGUUCGGUGAGCUCUUCAGUUUGUGACCUCUCAGCACAAAUGGCCGGUGGGAGCUGGCGUGAAGUGGGACCGCUUCUUUGGGACAUUGGUGACCCGCGCUAAACCACUGAGGGCAGGCGGGCAGGCGGGCAGCCUCUUCAUCUUCUUGCUCGCUGAGUUCGGUGAAAGAAAGUUUCUGGAAUUUCAUAGAACUUCUGAAGGAGAAGUGGACGAUGAUGUGAUGAGGACAAGUGGCUGUUCAGGGGUCUCAGAAGUCUGCCAGCUGUGCCCAGAACUGUGAGCCCGCAGCUGAAACGCGACCUGGAAACGCAGAACUCCAGGGGUCAUCAGGUGGUCACUCACCACGCUGUCCAUGAGGUGCUUCUGCCACCCAAGUCCUUCAGCCUGUCCAUCAGACUGCUGCUGCCCACGGCCCUCUGAUGGGCAUGAGGAGAGGAGCUUCCUGGUGAGGGCACAACUGAGUGGCGUUGGCUGCUGCUCCUCUGUGAUGUCACCCUGGCCUCACAAAGCAUCAUGGGCUUCCGGGAAAGGAAACUUGGGCAACGCCGACCAGACAGCAAGUUUUCAGGGAAAAGGUCGGCAAACGAGGUCACCAGUGAACCCAGCAAACCGGACGGCCCGCCCCGCUCACCCCGAGGCACUGAAUAAAAACAUCAGUGACGCUGUGCCAUGCCACGGGGGGCAGUGGGGUCUGUUUGCGGCUGCUGUUCUCUUCCUUGGGAUGUCCCCUGAGGUUCUUGUGGGCAGUUGGGCACACGGCGGUAUUGGAGGCAGCCUGUCACCUUUAAAAGCUCAUUGUGUCCUUUAAUGGGGACAUCAGAAAUAAAGUAAAAAACAAACGUACGCCUGCUGCCAUUACCAAGUGCCAAGGGUGCGGGGCAUCUGUUGUGAAGGAGCCCUGCAAUGGACUGGGGCAAAGUGUGAAAUACUGGGGGGGUCUGGGACCCCCAGUUAACUCCAUGGACCCUCUGAAAACGCGUUCUGAUGUUGCAGAUCCUCCAGAGUCCAUUACUCGUAUGAUUUGAGGUUCCCUUGGUAUCAUUUUGGGCAUUUGACGCCCACUCAGAAUUUAAUUUGCCGUUUGGCUUUCUACUGGGGUUUCCUUUUGUUUUGGCAAUGGGGUCGCCACCUUGAGGCUUUUGUGUCCUCCGUUUCCAGGGAGAUUUUCCCAUGAUGCUGUGCGUCUCGUGCCAUCAUCGAGUCCCUGGUCUGUAGUGGACCAGCAUGUGGCACUGGGCCGAUCCUGCCAGGUCGCUGACUGUCCCUUCGAUUACUGGCCAUCUGACUUUUGGUUUUGACCCCCACUUCGCUCUUUGGCUCCAUCCUGUCUGCUGGCCCUCACUUGAUUUUGGGGAUGGUGGUAGGCAGACUGGACGGGGUGAGACUGGCAGCAGCCCACCAGCUGGGAAGGAGGAGAGCGUCCUGUAAGUUGGGGGAUUCAAGAAAGCAGGGGGGGACACUAAAACGGAGUGUGACGGUGGUCUGGCGGGGUAUGGGGUGAGGCCUGCCACGUCCUGAGGCUCUCGAUAGGCCCUGAUGGCGCUGCCACCUGUUUUUGGGAUGAACCCGUGGCAUGACGCAGUUGAGAGGUCGUCCGCUGGUGUGGGCCGACGGCAGGGGGUCUUGAUCAGUGCAGCGUGAUGCUGGUCAGGAGCACAAGGUGGCACAGCUGUGGGUUUGCAGAGUGCACACCUGUUGUCUGCCCAACGUUGGCAUACCCUAAGUGACAGCUUUCUUCGUGUCUAGCAGGGUCCCCCAGUUUCUCUGGCUACCACCAGUAGUGGAGCCCCCAAUUAGAUUAAGCAGGUUACUCCAGCAAACUGAAGGAAUUUGGCUCAUCACUGGCGGGUCACACUGCGAGUCAGAGGUGGGCAUAGAAUUGGCAGACUGGCCCGCUGCUGGGUCACAGAGCCUUUGGGCAUCAGUGCCACAUGUAGAUGGGACGUACAGUGACGUCUGCUUCCUUAACUGACUGCCAUCGUGUCCUUGAUCAGUGAUCGCCCAUCGGGCCUCCUCACACCCCUUUAGCUGCCAAGGCCACAGUGGCACAUUUGAAGAGGAGCUCACAGGCUGAGGGUGAGGGUCCGCCACUCAGUGUGUUAUUGCGGGCGCCAGCCUGAACGAGAGAGCACACGCAGGGGGGUUGUGUCAGGGGCACAUCCUUAGCACCCCAUGCCCAGUGUCUGUCCUGGCACAAGUUCUGCCUGCUAGAACACAAACGACGAGGUGUUGGUCCUUCACUCUGAAAGUCUGAGGCCCAAGACCCCCAAACCCCACCAAGCCAUCUGACCAAUGCCAUGACACCUCCUUUGUCUUUUAUGCGCAGUAAAUCCCAUUUGGUCAGAUGGUCAUUAAGAGGCGAUAUGCGUGAGUUUGGGGGGCCGCCAGCCGUCACUCGCCAGUCUGCACUCUGAACGUCCGAGCCGCUAAAGGAGACGACGCAUGAGUGUGGCAGGUGUGCAGGUGCCCACCUGGGACCACCAGGACAGCAGCACGUGUUCGGCGUCAGGAUUUGCUCUGAGGGUCUCGACUGGCCUGGCGCUGUGGGCCUUCGACCAAGGCUGCAGUUUGCUUUGUUGUGCCCUGAGCGAGUCCCUCCACGUGGGGUCCAAGACCACCGGUGUCACAUAUCAGACAUUUUCAUGGUACGUCUUGGUGUUCGGGGGUCCUUUUGUUUAGCAGACGCGUCCCUUUUGUACCCCAAAGCCUGCCCGAGCGUAAGUGCGGCGUCCACACCAUUUGAUGUGAGAGCGUCUGCCCGUGCCAAGUCCGUGGCGAGUGGUCUUCAGGUCCAGCGCUUGUAACCCUGACAUCUGAAACGCCCCGAUGUUCUCCUUUCCUGCUGUGCUCUGUUUGUCACCUUCUUCUUUCAGCAGGUGCCCCUUUGUGUAUUUUUGUAUUUAAAAUAAAAGCAUGGUCUUCAACUCGGAUGUUGGUGGGUCAUUUCUGGUGCCACCUGAAGCACAUGAC